AGAUUACAGUCAGUGGUCGUUAUGUGUAUGAACACACCAAAUGUGAUUCUUUGUCAUGUUCAAAAGGAAGUGGGGAGGGGUGUAUGUGACCUAUUUAACUACCCUCUCUUCCACGGUCUCUAACCACUUACCUGUUGCUCUUGAGACUGUGCUUAAGUAUGAAGGAUUACAGCUUGAAGAACAUUAGAGGAGUACUAUUCAAAAACUCAGUUGGAGCUGAACAGGAUAAAGACAAAUCCGACAAGGCUGAUCAUGUUGGACAGAACGAUGAAAACUCUGACAGGGGAAACUGGAGCAGUAAAAGAGAGUACAUGUUGUCUAUGAUUGGUUACGCUGUUGGUCUUGGCAAUGUUUGGAGAUUUCCCUACUUGGCUUACAAACAUGGAGGAGGGGCCUUCCUCAUCCCGUACACUAUCAUGCUGGCUGUUUCUGGUCUGCCCUUGUUCUUCAUGGAAAGCUCUUUUGGACAGUUCUGCAGUCAAGGCCCCAUCAAUGUGUGGAAAGCUGUUCCCAUACUGCAAGGUGUUGGCAUCACGAUGAUGCUGGUUAGCACUUUUGUGGCGAUCUACUAUAAUGUGAUCAUUGCGUACAGUAUCUACUACCUCUUUGCAUCUUUUCAAGAUCCUCUGCCCUGGAGCAUUAAGAACUGCAAUACAACAGCCUCCAACAUUUCUACUGCAGCAGUGAAUGGGUCCUGCGGUCAAAUCGCAGGCCAGAGCCUGAGUGAAAAGUACUGGGAUGAGGUGGCUCUUCAGCGCAGUAGCAGUAUGGAUGAGACGGGGCCAGUGGUCUGGCAUCUGGCCCUCUGUCUUCUGCUCUCCUGGAUACUAGUCGGGGCAGCUCUUUUCAAAGGAAUCAAGUCCUCUGGGAAGGUGGUGUAUUUCACAGCUACUUUCCCUUACAUCGUGCUUUUGAUCCUGUUGAUUCGUGGUGCAACUCUGGAAGGGGCGAAAGACGGCAUUGAGUUUUACAUUGGCUCACAAUCAAACCUCACCAAACUGGCUGAGGCUGAGGUUUGGAAAGAUGCAGCUACUCAGAUCUUCUUUUCUUUGUCCAUCGCCUGGGGUGGUUUGAUGGCUCUGUCGUCUUACAAUAAGUUUUACAAUAACUGCUACCAAGACUCUAUUGUGGUCUGCGUGACAAACUGCGGCACCAGCAUCUUUGCUGGUUUUGCCAUCUUUUCUGUACUUGGACACAUGGCGCAUGUCUAUCAGAGACCAGUGUCAGAAGUUGCAGAUGCUGGUUUUGCACUGGCCUUCAUUGCGUACCCUGAUGCCCUCUCUAAGCUGCCCAUAUCACCACUGUGGUCAAUCCUGUUCUUUUUUAUGCUUAUUACUCUCGGUUUGGACUCCCAGUUUGCAGGAAUAGAGGUGAUCAGCACCUGCCUCCUGGAUGCCUAUCCCAAAGUUUUGAAGUCUAAACGAGGUCUUGUUACAACAGCCGUCUGCAUUAUUCUCUUUCUGCUUGGCUUGCCAUGCGUCACCAGGGCAGGAAUAUACUGGGUGAAUUUAAUUGACACAUUUAGUGCUGGAUGGAUUCUCCUGGUUGCUGGAUUACUAGAGGUCUUCGGUCUGUGCAUCCUGUAUGGUGGCAAUCGCUUCAUCAAGGACAUUGAGAUGAUGAUUGGGACCAAGAGCUCCCUCUUCUGGUUGUGGUGGAGAGCUUGCUGGUUUUUCAUCACUCCAGUAGUUUUGUCUAUUAUUCUCAUAUGGUCUUUGUACACUUUUACAUCCCCGACAUAUAGCUCAGUUGCAUACCCAGAUUGGGGCAUUUCUCUGGGCUGGUGUAUCACUGCAUUUAGCCUCAUGUGGAUUCCAAUUGUUGCUGUCUGGAAAGUGUGUAAAGCGAGUGGAGGACUGUGGCAGCGUAUCAAAUCUGCCUGCUCACCUACAGAAGACUGGGGUCCUUACCUGGAGUGUCACAGAGGGGAGCGCUAUGGUACCAGAGGAGAGACUGAUCCAAAUAUAUUUGUAAUCUCAAACAAAGUCUCUACUAGGCUGUAAAAUAUUUUAGUUCGAACAAGUAUUUGUACAUAUACUGUAUACAUAUGUAGCACACUUGUCUCCAUCUAAUUUAAUGCACAAGAUAAACAUGUUAUGUAUAUACUCAUAAUCCUUUUGUUUGAUAUUUGAGUUGCUCCUUUUUUUGUGGAUUUCAUUUUCUAUCGCUUAAGGUGUUUACAUAAAUCUUUUUAGGAGCACUUACUGGACGACUGAAUUAUUUGUGUAAUGGUUUUAAAGUCCCCAAGAAAUCAAAACUAGCCAUUUGAUUAUGUUAGCUCACAUGGCUAGUUUUGU